AUUAUUUUGAAAUGACCUUUUCUAAGCACUGACUGAAAUGGAUCAUCUGAAUCGGCAGGUUAAUUUUUUAUUUUAUUCUAUAUAACAUUCAUACAACCUUUGCAUCCAACAUAUUUAAAGAAAACAAGAAAUGUCAUGAACAGGUGUAGUAGGUUACAACACUACCUUCCAAUGUACUGUACUUAAACCAAACAGAUGGCACAAAAUGGGAAUGUUUAGGACAUUCGCCUCAUGUGUGAAAGUGACUUUCUAUAUUAUGAAUAAAAUAUUGUUGUGUAGGUUAUAAUGGCAACAUUCUUUGUUCUUGACAAUAAUUAAAAAAUUUAGGAAUUAGUUGUAGAUUUUAUAAGCUACUUUAACAUGUAGUCAAGGAACAAACAUAACACUCAAAAGAGCCAAAUGCGAGUAAAACUUAGCUUAGUAAAUAUAAAUGACAUGUAGUAACUUUAAAAAAACAAGUUUAAACUGAAUUUCAAGAAUGAUAAUCUGACCUGAUUCAAAUUCAAGACCAAAACUGUCUACUAAGAGAUAUUUAUCUGUCGUGACAGAAGAGUUUCCCAAGAACAUUCACUUCAGUGGAAAAGUUAGUAAAAAAUGUCAAAAGACAGUGCCGAUUUUUCAGGGCCAGCAAAGCCUUCGCUGCUGGCCUGACAUGCUAAAUAAAUACAGAUUUUUCAUCCUUUCAUUUUCAGUCACCUUUUUGUUCUGUAUGACCGUGUGAUUGCUUAAUUCAUUAAACAGGAUCAAGUGAAUUUCACUUCAAGCAAAUUGGUAAGUGCUUUUUGCAUUGUUAAAGCAACAUCAGGAGUUUUCUAAGUGUAAAUUAGGCUGCUUGUGCAUUCAGUGUCGGAUCAAGUUUUGAAAUGUAGUUUCCAUUCAACUCAGAAAUUCUGAUUUUCCAACUUCCUACUGGGAAAAGUGCAAUAGAAUGCAUCUUGACGUCAGAAUUACAACUUGUAGGCUUGUGCUGAAAUUUUCAAAUCUGAUUUAGUCGAGAUGCAGGGGCAUGAUGUCACACAAAUAUGUCCACACUCAGGGAGUUAUGCAAAGUAAUUUAUAAACAUUCACUUUAUUUAGUAAUAUUGAUAAAUGAGUUUGUUUCCACAUUACAUGAUAUUAAAGCUUGUUUAACAAAUGACUGCAGAAACAGGUGUAUAAAGCAUUAUAAUCUCUUUUAAUAAUCAUACACCUGAAGCACAAAGGCUAGCGCUGCAGCAUUGUUUAUCAGUUGGGUUGCAACAAGACAUCUCUAAUAUCAGUCAAACACAUGAUAAGCUAACAGGAGCGUUGCAGUUUUGUUGCCUUAAAUGUCAUCUUACGAAUAUCGAGGAAUGGAAUGCAUUUAUGGUCGGAGAUAUCAAGUAGGAAUAUCCCAAAUCCAACUUGAAUGGAACGCAGCAUAACCGUGUACCCUGACAAAACAACAUUUAUUGCAAGCAACAUUUAAAUCGCAAAUAUUAUUAGAUAGAUUUUUCCAGGUAUUAUAGCCCUCCUUGGUAGAUUCAAAUGAAAAAUUAUGAGUAAAAUUAUUACUGUUCGGGAGACGAACAUUUCACAAAACAGUCAUGGUGCAGUUCCCUGACGGAGGGAACAAGAUGUUGUUUUGAAUGUAGUACACAAGGGGUCUUUCUUGAGACCCUUGCAUACCUCUGAACUUGAGAAAAGGCCAAUGAGAAAUUGGCAGACAGAAUUUGCGUGUCCCUCCCCCAAACAUACGGGUAUCAAGGGAAGCGGACAUGCGUCUGUCAGUCAGUCAGGUUUUUUUUGGGACCCAAAGCCCGGUUGAGAACUCGCAAGUCCAAGAUUGGCCACAACCCACUGCCUAUUUUGGGCUGUAGAAACCCUUCUUCAUCUCGGCUGGAGGGACGGGAUCUAUCACGUCCUUUAGUAGCAGAGUUGUAAUCUCUGCCAGUAAGGAGGUGGAGCGAAUACCGCUGAAACUAGGCGGAAGCCUGACGAAUUGCGUAGCCGAGUCGGAUGGUCCUGGCUAGCCAACGCAACGGGCAAACGGGUCGCUCUUUUAUUGAGAAUGUUGGUACUGCAGCCCGAAGGGUGUGCACCAGAGUAAAAUAAGGAUUUUCCUCCUGGUCCUCCACCAGGGGACGGAGUGGUCCUGAUACCAGCUCCGGAGCGAACAUCUGACUGCCCGGUCUUCCGUCUCAGGAGAGCUUUGGAGGUAUCAUCCAAUUCCGGGGGCUCGAGGGAGAACGCAGGCUGGCUGUGAAGCGAGCCGCACUCACCUCAAGCCCGGGUGGAAGCAAGCGAGCAUGCUUGUGGGUGGGUGGGUGGUUAGUGGGUAUUUACCUGGCAAAACUGAGCCCGCUGCCAUCCCCAAAUCGCCUGCAUCGCCAGCCGGGUCUUCCUCAAUCCCAUGGGAAGAAGGAGCGAUGCGGGGGGGCGGCUGAAGUGGCAUUCACUUUGAUGAGUGAAAACCUCGACCGCAACGCUGCCAUGGUCAUGUUCUCGCAUUGAGUAUAUGAACCAUCCACAAAUGCUGCCUCAGUGUGAUCGCUACCCAGGCACACGAGGUACUACAUUCGACACAAGGUCGAGUGAGUGACAGAAGGGGAAAUUAGGCUUGCUUGAGCAUUAAGUGUCAUUUCAAGUUUUGGCUUUUGUGCGUGGAUGUGUUUUUAAUUUCAGUUGGUAUUUCUAGUUAGAUGCAACAUAAUGUAUGAUGCCCAAAGGCAUAGGGUGUCUUAUUCAUUGUGAAACUGUGUUUUCUUAAUGGCAUGAAUCACACUGAAGGCCUAGACUUUAAAUGCACAGCCAACCACUGCCAAAAGAAGUUUGUCAUUAAUAAACAAGGGGAAAAAAUAAUUACAUUGUCAAAGGUACAAAUAUAUAUAAAUAUUUUUUAAAAUAUUGCAAAAUACAGUUUCAGGGCUGGUAAGAAAUGUUUUUACCUUCAAUUUUCUCAAUUCACCAGCUAUUAGUAGGUUGACAGAAAUAUUGUAGCAAAUAAAUAUGGGCAUAUUAUAUCAUAGUUAUAGACAUUGCACACGGUUCCACAGAUGCAAACAUUUUACAUUUUUUUAACGGUCACAUCUAUGUUUACUUUAACUAAGACCUCUUCUCACCUUUGUUCAUAAAAUUUUCAGAUUUUGUACUUUGUUGAAGUCAUGGACAUGGCCAUGUCUGAUCUCCAUUUUCUAUACAUUAAAAUCCUACGCAAGAGCUUGAGACAACAAGGGUGAGCAGGUGGCAAAUUUCCAUAGUACAUGCACAAAAGCACAUGGUGCUUUAUAUUUUGCAACAUUCGCAAAUGUGCAGGAAAGUCAGGUAUAUAAAAGCCCAAGAGCUAGUGUGACAACCUCAACUCAGAAAUGGCCUUCUUGUGGAUCCUGACGUGUCUUGCCUUAAUUGGAACAGCCUUUGGUUGUGGCACUCCUGCCAUCCGUCCCAUUAUCACCGGCUACUCCAGGAUUGUGAAUGGUGAGGAGGCAGUACCUCACUCCUGGCCCUGGCAGGUGUCUCUUCAGGACUCCACUGGUUUCCACUUCUGUGGUGGCUCCCUGAUCAAUGAGUGGUGGGUUGUGACUGCUGCUCACUGCAAUAUCAGGACCUCUCACAGAAUCAUCCUGGGAGAGCAUGAUCGUUCCUCCAAUGCUGAGCCCAUUCAGACCAUGAGUGUAGGCAAGGUCUUCAAGCACCCUAACUACAACAGCUUCACCAUCAACAAUGACAUCACCCUGAUCAAGCUGGCCUCUCCUGCUCAGAUCGGCACUCAAGUGUCUCCUGUGUGCCUUCCUGAAACCAGUGACAACUUCCCUGGUGGCAUGAAGUGUGUAACCUCUGGAUGGGGCCUGACCAGGUACAAUGCACCUGAUACACCUGCCCUGCUACAGCAGGCAACUCUGCCUCUGUUGACCAAUGAGGACUGCAAACGUUUUUGGGGAGGCAAAAUCACCAAUCUGAUGAUCUGUGCUGGUGCCUCUGGUGCCUCUUCUUGCAUGGGUGAUUCUGGUGGCCCUCUGGUCUGUCAGCAGAAUGGAGUCUGGACUCUGGUUGGUAUCGUGUCAUGGGGAAGCAGCACCUGCUCCACUUCCACUCCUGCCGUGUAUGCCCGUGUCACCAUGCUCCGUGCCUGGAUUGACCAGACCAUUACUGCAAACUAAAUUUUCUAUUCAAAAAUUAAGUAUGAUAAUAAUAAAAUAAAAACAUCCUCUGUAUCCUUGUAAUGUAUAUAUGUUGUAAUCCACCAUUUAAAUAUGGACAAAUAUUUGAU